AUGGGAGAUAAACUUAUUUAAAAUUUGAGAGAGAUGAGAUAUAAGGAGGUUUUAUUUCUUGGAUCAUCAGGAGGCGGAAAAUCAAGCAUAGUCUAAGCGUUAGUGGAUGAUGAUAGAAACUUAAAGCUGCAAGUUGAGGGUAGAUAAUUCCCUUAAGUUAACAUACAAGACUGCAAAUUCACUUUAAUAGAUAUGACAGAUUAAAAUGCUCGAAAAUUGCAUUAUGCUAAGGCUAAAGCCUUUGUAAUAGUUAUUGAUUCAACAGAUUAAGAGAGUAUUUAGCAUGGUAAAGAAAUUUUAGAUGAAUUCUUAAACAAUAUGCGCUACAAAGAUAAAGUGAUAUUGGUUUUAGGAAAUAAAAUGGAUCAAGUGGGAUCCUUAUCUGAGAAGGAGCUCAGAGAAUCGCUUGAUAUCAAUUCAGAUUUAGUAGAUAGUAACAGAGUAGGCGUAUUUAUAAGCUGUGCUACAAAAGGAAUCGGUUUACUUGCUGCUUUUGGUUGGCUAUCAAAAUCUAUUUCUCAUUAGAAACAAAUUUAUCAGAAAAAAUCUAAUAAGAAGCAUAAGAAGGAUUGA